AUGGCCAUCUCGAAAAAACGCAGCAGAGAUAGCACCAAAGGAGGCAAUGCGGUUGCUCAGGAAUUUGAUAAUAAAUUGGAUAUAAAUGGCGCAGAGGAGCUCAGCGACGGCGACAACGACCAUCUCUCUUCAGAUGAUGAAGAACCAGCUGAAUUUCCUGAGAUUAAUCCAGACAGUGACGAAGACGCCGGUGACAGUGACGAUGACGCUAACAGUGACAAUGAUAGCAUACACUCUAGUGACUCUGACACCUCUCUCGCCUCCUUCUCUUCCGUCCCUUCCACUUCCUCUAACGUCUCUGAUUUCAUCGAAAAAGCCUCAAAGAAGCCUGACGAGACUGACUACUACUCACAGCCACCUAAGCAGAAGCUUGGCUUUGAAGCUACCGCUCGAACUGUCCGCUCUGAUGCAACUGGUGAGGACAAAACCGUUUAUCGCAACAUCGAACCUGGCUACGAUAGUGACAGCGACACUGAAGAGCAACAGAAUGCGAUCGGCGAUGUCCCUGCUGAGUGGUACGAAGAUAUGCCCCAUAUCGGUUACGAUAUAAACGGCAAAAAGAUUCUCAAACCUGCUACAAAGGAUGAAUUGGAGCGUUUCUUGGAGCACACGGAGGGUGACGCUGACACUGUGCCAUCUAAGAACAUGCAGCAAGACAUGAAACUCACCCCCGAUGAACUCCGUCUGAUUCGAAGACUCGAGAAGGGCCAAGUGCCUGACGAUGCCUUUGAUCCAUACCCAGACCAAGUCGAGUUCUUUACUGGUAAGGGCAAGGAAAUGGUCACGCCCAUUUCUGGAGCACCUGAACCUAAGCGUCGUUUCUUACCUUCUAAAUGGGAGCACGAAAAGAUUAUGAAGAUUGCUAGAGCUAUACGCGCUGGCAGAAUUGUGCCAAAUAAACCAAAAGCACCUCCAAAACCUACUUUUUACGCUAUAUGGUCUAAUACAGAUGAACACACGCCUCACGUCAUGGACGCUCCUGCACCCCAAGAACCACCACCAAAGACAAUAGAGUCGUUCAAUCCACCACCUGAAUACCUCUUCAAUGAGCAGGAGAGGAAGGAGUGGGAAGAGACUGAUGAACAAGACAGAAAGAUCAAGUUCAUGCCCCAGAAAUACUCUAACUUGCGUCUCGUUCCCGCUUAUGCUAAUUUAUUGAAGGAAAGGUUUGACAGGUGCUUAGAUCUCUACCUGGCACCACGAGUGCGCAGGACUAAGCUCAACAUCGAUCCUGAGUCUCUCGUACCUAAACUUCCAUCACCUAGGGAACUCAAACCAUUCCCUAUCUACAAUGCCAUCAGCUACACACACAACGCACGCGUGCGGUCUAUUUCCGUUGAUCCUACCGGUAUCUGGCUUGCUAGUGCUGCCGAUGAUGGUUAUGUGAGAGUGUGGGAGUUGUCAGUGGGACGCUGUGCAUAUAGUUGGAAUAUCGGUGAAGGGGAGCCUGUCCACAGUGUGGAGUGGUGUCCCGACAAAGAGGUGUCGCUGUUGGUGGCGACGAGCGAGAAGCAGGUCACCGUCCUGUCUCCCCUCCCCAUACUCACUACCGGGUUGAGUAAAGCAUCUGCACAGCAAGCGGAUUUCGCCUUUGCCAAUCCACAAGCGGGGGCGACUAAGACGGCUGAUAUUAGGUAUGCGCGUCCAAACGAAUCGCAACGCGAGAAUGGACUACUGGUGAAGAUCGAAGUACCGGGAACACCUAAGCAGGUAGUGUGGCAUAGAAAGGGCGACUAUUUCGCCACCGUGGCGGGAGAUGCCGGUAGCAAGUCGGUUCUCAUUCACCAGCUGUCGAAGCACCAAUCGCAAGCACCGUUCAAGAGGAGCAAGGGAAGUGUACAGAAGGUGCAAUUCCAUCCAACGAGACCGCAGUUCUUCCUAGUUACACAGCGGUAUGUGAAGCUGUACGAUCUCGUCCAGCAAACACUCCUUAAGACGUUCUUGCCGGGCUUGAGGUGGUUGUCGUCGAUCGACGUUCACCCCUCAGGUGACAACCUCAUCGUAGGUAGCUACGACAGAAAGGUGUGCUGGUUCGAUAUCGACCUCGGCGAUAAACCUUAUAAAACUAUCCGUUACCAUAAUAGAGCGGUGAGAGCAGUCAAGUACCACCCAUCACUUCCUCUCUUUGCAUCUAGCUCGGAUGACGGGAGUGUGCAGGUUUUCCAUGGACGCGUGUUCGACGAUCUCGCCACUAACGCGCUUAUUGUUCCACUUAAAGUGCUGAAAUGCCACACACUGGCCAAUGGAUUGGGCGUUCUGGAUCUGCAUUGGCACCCAACGCAGCCAUUCCUGUUCAGUGCGGGUGCCGAUGGCCUUGUGAAUCUGUACAGCCAUUGA